UGCAAAUGCCGUGUCCAAAAGACAUCCUGGCCAAAUGAUGAAAUGAGGUAUUGGCUAGAAAACAAAGUAACGGUAUAUGCUUGACUUUAUGACCAUUCACUCAAAUUAAAGUAGAAAUUUUAUACCCAAAAAAAAACAAGGAAAGUAGAAAUUUUGAGUAGAUCCAUGAAGACCAAAUGGGCCCUUUCUUAAUAGGAAAGGUGGAAACAUGAGAAUUCAAGAAUGACCAAAAAGGAAAAGCAAUCACUCAUCACUUCUACACCACCAAAACAGAGAGCAAAACAAAAACAAAAGAAAGCAAAGCCAAAUUGAAGAAAAAACAAGGGGAAAAAAAAAUGCUGGGGAGCCUUCAAUCACACUCCACUCACAAAACUAUCCAAGCCCUGGGACUUCCUACACUCUUCUUUAUCUUCCUUUCUCUCAGUUACUUUGGUUUUCUUGUCAAAGCUCAUAUCUUCAUCUAUGCUGUCUGCUCUCAGGAAAAGUACGCACCAAACUCCCCAUUUGAAGGUAACCUCAACUCUUUUCUCGCAUCAAUUAUUAGCUCGUCCUCUCAAGUGUCUUAUAAUACCUAUGCUAUUGGAAAUGGAAGCUCAACGACACCAGAAGGCACCAUAUAUGGCUUGUACCAGUGCAGGGGCGAUUUGCAAACUGCUGACUGCUCAAGAUGCAUGGAAAGUGCUGUUAACCAAGUAGGCUUGGUUUGUCCGUAUUCUUAUGGGGUUUCUUUACAACUUGAAGGCUGUUAUUUAAGAUAUGAGCGUGCUAAUUUCUUGGGGACGCCCGAUACAAGUAUCCGGUUCAAGAAAUGCAGUAAAAGUGUUAAUAACGAUGUUGAGUUCUUUAGGCGUAGAGAUGAUGUUCUAGCUGACUUGCAGGCGGCUAUUGGUUUUAAAGUUAGUUCCUCAGGUUUGGUUGAAGGGUUUGCUCAGUGUUUGGGGGACCUGAGCCCAAGUGAUUGCUCGUCUUGCCUUGGGGAUGCUGUGGGAAAACUGAAGAGUUUAUGUGGAUCUGCUGCAGCAGCCAAUGUGUUCUUAGGGCAGUGUUAUGCUCGAUACUGGGCAUCUGGCUACUAUGGUGAAUUUUCUCCAGAUUCCUCACACGAAGAUGACAUUGGAAAAACAGUAGCCAUAAUCGUGGGUGUAUUAGCAGGCCUAGCGGUUCUAAUUGUUCUUCUAUCAUUUUGCCGAAAAGCAAUGGGUAAAGCUCUUUUUCUAGUUCAUAUACUUCUUUCUCUCCAUUCCCUCUCCAUCAAAAGUGAUCCUUUUCUUUCUGCAGAAUGAAAUGACAGGUGUUAGGAUGAUAUAAACCCUGCCCUGCUCGCAUGUUUAGAUUGGCGGAGACUUGGUUUUUUCAAGCAAAAGAAGAGUAUUCGUGAUUUCAGAACUGAUUAAUGUUGGUUUUUAAUAUUGGCAACUUUGUCAGCUACUUUUUUUCAAUUUUAAAACAUUAUUUUAUGUUUUGUUUUUUCUUUUCUCACAAAAGGAGGCAAUGUUAUCUUCAGCUGCUAUAAAUUAAUAGAGCCGUA